AUGUCACUUGAUGAAACGUAUCGUGGCUAUUUGAAAACGUUUUGCAAGAUUGGCGGCUAUAUUGUCAGCAUCGGACUGCUCGGGUUUUUCUUCGUCUUUGUCGGAUAUGUCAUUAUUCAACUCCAUCAAUUCAUCCCGCUCUCACCAAACAACGAGCUGAAAUGUUCGCGUUUUGGUGAUGGAAGUGAAGACGGUGAAAGGCUUCUCAAUGAAUAUCUCAUCAAUCGAACGACGAUCAAUGGGAAUGAGACAAAGUUGAAGACGAAAACCUGUUGGGAUAUCAGAAAGAGGAGAUAUUUUCCGAUCUUCCUCCCGAAUCGAAUCGAGUUCCCCUAUCACGUUUACUUCAUUCGUCUCGUCACUAAGGACUACAAUUUUGUGGAACAAACGCUUAGCAUGCUGUUCUCUCCUCAGCAUUUCUAUUGUCUGCCGAUCGACACGCGCGCAAAUGAGAAUUUCGAGGAAAAAAUUCGCAACUUUGGGCUAUGCAUGUUGAAUGUGGUGGUACCAUCGGGGAAAUUUGAUGGAACGAAUCCGAUCGAGGUGUUCGCCGCACAUCGUGCUUGCGUUGAUGCAAUGCCAAAUUACAAAUGGAGACAUAUGGUUAUAUUACAAGAACACGAGAUCCCACUUCAGUCGAUUCAAGUAAUCAAUAAGAACAUCUCGCGGCUCGGCCAGAAUACGAGAAUCGGCUCCAAUGUAAUCACUCGCGGCUUCAUCGAGAACUUCAAUCACCACGAAACCGAUCACAACUCAACGCUUUCGAUGACUGAUUAUCUGAAAGAAACUCUUCAACAAUGGUGGCAUCUCAAAUUGAAACCGUUCUUUUUAAGCCGAAAUUUUUAUGAGAAAUUUCAUGUCUUUAUCAAGAAAGAAAUGACGAGAAAAGACUUUGACGAUCAACAAGUUGUCGUUCGAGACACGACAAACUCGACUUGUCUCAGUGAAGAGUUUGAUGAGGCUCAAAACUGUAUCCUCGGCAUGGAGAACUAUCAAGAGAUUAUUAAAUCGAACGAGCUGUUCACUCGCGCAAAUCCACGUUUCGAUUUGGGUUUUGUUGAUUGCAUUCACGAGUUGGUCUUCAAUAGAACAUUUUCUCGAUGGAUACAG